AUGCAAUUCCUAGGACAUAUAGUAGGAAUUGAUGGGAAAAAACCUGACGUACAAAAGACUAAUGAACAUGAAGAAAUAUUCAAUUGGCUUAAACAACAAUUAAUUACUCCUUCUAUACUUCAAUAUUCUGACUAUAAUAUAUCUUUAAUUCUUUUCAUGGAUGCUUUCUAUCAAGGUAUUGGAGCUGUACUUGCCCAAAUAAAAAACAAAAAGAAAUAUGUUAUUGCUUAUACAAGCAGAACACUAUCUCUUGCAGAGAAGAACUAUAGUACUAUUGAGCUUGAGCUUUACAAUGGCUCUUAA